CUCUAAUCCUGUAUAAGCCUCUUUUUUUCUUUCUUUUUUUUAUAAUGUCUGAACAACCCCUUUCUAUUGAAGAACGUCUUUUUCGUUUAGCAGCCAAAGACACAAGUGAAUUACCUGAAUUUCCUGACGAUAAGAGUGAUUUACCUUCAGAUUUUGAAUAUGAUCCUGAAGAAUAUGAAGAUCAAGAAGUAGAGAUUGUCGAAGAGAUCUCGGAAGAAGAACUUUUAAAGUAUUUAGAGCAAAAAGAAAAUGUCUUUCAAGCAGAAUCAACCGAAUAUCAGCAAGGAGCCAAUUGUUUGACAGCUCAAUUAUCUCCUAAAAAACAAGGUGAAAUUCCUGGAAAUGAGGCUCAGGACGAACAAAGUGAUACAGUGCUUUAGUCUUUUUAUAUGUCUCUUUAGAUUUUUUUAUAGACAAUUGUAAGAUAGGGUAAUAAACAAAAACGAGUGUUCUCUAGCAGUGACUGAAGUUACUUUUGUGUUUUAAAUAUUCAAUAUAG